GGCAGUGUAAGAACGUCAGCCAACGCGAUGGCGGAGCGGUCAGCAGUAGUGUCGCUUCUCCUGGCCCUUGCGUCGCUGCACUCAGCACGCGGCGCCAUGUCUCCCUUCCUCGCCUCCUUCAGCUCCAAGCUCCUCGCUCCGGGCGUGUCGCCGCUCGGAGCCUCGCCCUUCGCCAUGCCCGUGAAAGACCCCGCAUGCGGCGACCUACCGCUGGGUCAGUGCCAGCUCCGGACGACCAAGUGUAAGGACAUCAAGAGCCUCGCGCAGGGGACGUCGGGACCAGUCAAGGACGUCAUGGACUGCGCGACGCUCCUGGGGAUCCCGAAGAUGAUGGUCAUCGGCGUCCUGCCACAGGCCUUCGGCGAGGGCAAGCCGGAGACGAUCGUGGACCGCGUGAUGCCCAACAACACGGAGGCUUCGUCUGAGCUGCGGCGGUGCGUGAUGCAGGCGGCAGGGAUGCUGACCCUGAACGGAACCCUAAACCGCGCUGCCCUCCAGUUCAAGCUCGCAAGCACCAUGAUGCAUCCCCUGGUCAAGGAUGUGGUGACGACGGCCCUCACCACGUGCCCUGAUCCUGAUGCUUAUAAGAUUUCCGACUUCCUGACGUGUGUCCGGAGCGAAUGCAUACAUAACAUGCCUGAGAGUGUCGCCGCCAUGCCAGACUGGAGUCUCUUAGCGGGAGGCGGUGAUGAUGAUGAUGAUGAUAAGGACAAAGAUAAGAAAUGCAAGAAAGGGAAGAAAUGCAAGAAACAUUGAGUUUAUAUACGUGGAGGCUGUCAAGAGCGUCUUGGGAAUUUUAUGUUUAAGAAGAAAGAAGGAGGAAGAAGAAAGAAAGAAGGAGGGAGGAGGGAGGAUAUCUCGGCGUGGAGAUAUUUAAAUAAAAAAAAUCUUUCCUUUUUUUUCUUUCUUGAGAUGCUUUAAGAAGGAAAAAAAUGGUUUAAGGAAAGAAGUCUUUGUGUGGUGCUAUUUUUUUGUUUAUAUACAUUGUUUGGCUUGAGGCGAUAUUACUGGUGUUGUUAUUAUUACCAUUAUUAGUUUUAUCAUAAUUGAGAUUACUGUUAUUAACACUAUUAUCAUCAUCAUUAUGAUUAUUUUUCAUUUAUAAUGUUAUUACUUUUAUUGUAAUAAUGAUAAUAAUAAUGCUACUUUUGUUGUUGAUGAUGAUGAUGAUGAUGAUGGUUACUAUUAUUGUCAAUAUUAUUAUUGUUAUUAUUAUUACUAUUAUUAUCAUUAUUAUUAUUAUUAUUAUUAUUAUUAUCAUUAUAAUAUCAUCAUCUCUAUUAUUGUUAUUAUCAUUAUUAUCAUUAUUAUUAUUAUUAUUAUUAUUAUCAUCAUCAUCAUUAUUACUAUUAUUAUUAUUAUUAUCACUACACCUACUACUACUAUUUUCAUUAUAUUAUAAUUUCACUAUUUCUUUUAU